AUGGAAGCCGAUCCGCUCGCAGGAGUCGACCAGGUCCCAUGGUUCGACGUAGAUCAUGCUUACGGCGAGGCCACUGACCUACCGAAGAAUCUACGCCGUCUUCAAUCACCCGACAAAGACACCCGCCAGGGAGCCCUCUACACUCUGUAUGGGAGUAUUUGCCACCAGGGCAGCCGGUAUACAUCCACUCCUCUUGCCGUCCCAUUUCUAUACAGGCUCAUCGAACGCCCAGACACGCCAGAGCGAGGAGAACUGCUGCUGUUCUUGGCGUUCAUUGCCACUGGGCUCAACUCCGAUGAGCUUCCCCUAGGAACGGACGUCGCCCUCCAGCGCAAGCGCGUGGCUGAGCUUCGAGCAGAUCCCAACCGAGCUAAGAUCAUCAAGGAUGGCCUUGAUGAGUUUCUCGGUGAUACAAUCUCGGACGAAGACAAGGAGUAUGCGUUCAAGGGACAAAACAAUGAGUAUCUUAGGUCGUAUAUCAAAUCUCUGCGCGCUUCGGGAGUGCCGGAGGAUGAAGCGGAUUGGUGGUCCCCGGAAGUCAGGUCCUACAAUGUGGUUCAGGAUGGUCUUGACACUGCCUACCGCUGCCUAAAAGACGAGUCUGCCGAGGUGCGGACUUCUGCCGCGUAUCUGCUGGCCUGGUUCCCAGACAGGAUGAGUGAUAGCGAGCAACACUUGAUGGAGAUGCUCGACUCCGAACAAACUCCUGUAGCCCUAGCGACGGCGAUCAUCUCCUUGGCUACUCUGCAGGCGAUGAAGGAGGAUUUCUCCGAGACUCGCAUCGUCCAUCGUCUGAGAGAUAUUCAAUCUCGGAGCAGCUCUUGUCUUGUGACUUGGGCGAGCAGCUUCUCGCUCGUAAAACUUCGAGUCAAUACGGAGAAAGAGCUCACGGAGGUUAUGAAGUUAAUCACGGGUGAUGAUCAGUAUCCAGAGCGAUUGAAAGAAGAGUUGGAGAAGGAGAAGUUUCCCUUCCUCGAUGGCCGGCCAAGCGCGCUCACGAGUCUAGCUGCGAGGGAGCUGCAGCAUCUCAAGGGAUCGAAACACCCGGAGAUGGUCAAAAUUAUCGCAUCCGCAACCGCGUUCAGUCGCGGAAUGGACCUCGUCACGAUAUCAAGCGCUUUGUUGAAUAUUGCGUUUGAUGGGGUCAGGCCAGAUUCGGAGCCUGAUUUUGACGAUCUCAAUGAUCUUCAGCAAGAAGUGAUGCGGGCUCUUAACAAUACACUUGAGAAGCGUUUUGAAUUCGGAAAUUAUAUGAUGGUGCUGGAAUCGUGGAAUCUCCCGAGCAGGGCAGAGGACUUUAAGGUGUUCAUCAAACAUCCAGAUGCAUUCCAAAGCAGGUUAUAA